UUUACUACCUAACAUUUCGUUGUUAAGCCCUCGGUCCGAACGAGCAAUUCAACCCACCAAGUCACUUCCAUUUCAACUCGCAGAAGACCGAACGACCAAAAUUGAAGCACAUCUAGAACGGAUAGCACUUUCAAACACAUUAGUAUUUAUUAUUAAGCGACAAUUUUGCUUCUCAAUUCAUUUUUGGUACUUUUCUUGUUUCAUGAAGUUCAACUAGCAACAUGCCAUCCCAUCUUCAAACGGAACGAAUCCACUUUAAGACACAGUCCACCUUGGACUUCCAUGCGUUGACCGUAAGCAUUGCGGCAACGUCCAUGAAGAAUGAACUCGACAAACUGGUUGGUACUGUUGAACCAUGCAAACGAAAAAACUUCCAAUAUCAAAUGGAUUCCUUCUUUGGUCUUUAUCGUCGCUACCUAAUGGACAAUGUGAAGGGCUCAGAACUCAAUUGGAACCACGUACAGCCUUUGGAUGCGCAGAGUCUUCCUCAGCACAGCGAUUUCCCAGAUGUACCAAAUCCGCGGGAUGUAAUCAAUAAACUGGCUGUUCUGAAAUUGAACGGUAGUGUAGGAACAGAAUUUGGUUUGGAAAUUCCCAAAAGCAUGAUUGAGGUUCGUGACGGUCAGACCUUUCUCGAUUUAUGUGUACGACAGAUUGAGCAUCUGAACCGUACCUACAACGUUUCUGUACCAAUUAUAUUGAUGAAUUCUUUCGCAACUGAUUCCGAAACAGUGCAAUACAUCAAAAAGUACCGUGGACAUAGCAUCGACCUGUCGACUUUUGAGCAGUCUCGGUAUCCCAAGGUCUUCAGAGAUACAAAGGUCCCAGUACCCACUUCAAGCACAUCUUCUCAGAAAGAGUGGUACCCUCCCGGUCAUGGUGAUAUAUUUGAUUCUCUUAUUCAUUCGGGAAUGCUUGACCGUUUGUUGGCCAAGGGAAAGGAAUAUUUAUUUGUGAGUAAUAUUGACAAUCUGGGGGCUAGCGUUGAUCCUCAAAUUCUCUAUCACUUAAUACAGACACAGGCAGAAUAUGUUAUGGAGCUUACGGAGAAAACCAAGGCGGAUAUUCGUGGAGGAACAUUAAUCCAUUACGAGGGAAACGUCCGGUUACUAGAAUUUGGUCAGGUCCCGUCACAGCACAUUGAGGAGUUUAAGUCGGAUAAGAAGUUCAAGCAUUUUAAUACCAACAAUAUCUGGCUCUAUCUGCCAGCUGUGAAACGCGUUGUUAGCAAACGGGAACUGAACAUGGAAAUUAUUCCCCGAUUGGACACUAUUGAGGUGGAUGGUGAACAGGCAGAAACGCUUCAGCUGGAAACUGCUAUCGGUGCUGCGAUUCAGAAUUUUAAGAAAGCCCAUGGAAUAAGUGUUCCGCGAAGCAGAUUUUUGCCCGUGAAAUCCAGUUCCGACUUGCUAAUUAUUCGUUCCGAUUUAUUUCACGAAGAUCAUGGACUGUUUGUGUUGGAUAGUCGUCGUUAUGGCAUGUCAACUCCUGUCGUCCGGUUGGGUUCUCACUUUCAAUCCCUUUCUGAUAUGCAGAAGCAUAUACCAUUUAUCCCUAAACUUUUAGAAUUAGACCACCUUACUGUCGCUGGAAACGUGAAACUUGGGAGAAAUGUUACAUGCAAGGGAACGGUCAUUAUCGUUUGCACUGAUGGAGAAAUAACUAUUCCCCCUAAUGCUGUCUUAAAGAACUGCGUUGUUACCGGCUCAUGCAGCAUUUCCGAACAUUAAAUGAUUUUCCGCGGCAUGUAGCAUUUCACUUUUCAAACUUCACCCUUCUCCCAUUACGCUAAAUCAAAUUUUUUAUGACUUCCCUGAUCUCUCGAUAAUCACACACACACGAACUGGUACGGAUACUCUCUCUAUGCAACAUUCCCAACCGCUCAGAACUACCGUAAAUCAAAUAUAGAAUAAAACGAAAUCGGCUAAAAUUAUAUUUUCUGUUAUUCAUUCUCAAAAAGUGCAUCAGGUGCGAGCAAUUGUUAGGUCAAACAAAGAGUCAGGAACCGCAGAUUCCUAUUGUCUACGAUGCUUUGUUUCAUGCACCCAAACAAUAUGAACGUAUCACCUGUAAACGCACAUGAAAGUAUUCAAUGACCAAAUCGCUGACUAUAUCCAAUGGGAUAUAUUUUCAAAGAAGUAGAUCAGUCAUAUGAGAGUUAGAAGGAGGUGCAUUGGACUGAGUACUCGUGUUGAUUACUGGUGUGCUGGGCGUCUUCGCGUUAUUGUUUAUGGGGUUAGACUUUUUGGCAGAAGACCAUAAGUUACUAAAGGCAUCCACAGAACUAGAGGUCUUCGUUGUCGUAGCUGGCUUCGAGUUGAACGUCGUGGUUGUCAUUGUGUUAGCAGAAGGGGAAGUGAAUGUCGCGGAAAGCAAAUUCAUUGCGGGUGUUUGUGCUGUGGAAGAUGGUUGGGAAAAUGCAGGCAUAGUUGUGGAAAAUGAGGAUGCAGGUUGCGUGUUAGCAAUGGGAGCGCUUUGGAAAUCGUCGAACUCAUCCUCGUCCGCAGCCGCAACAGUAGAGCUCUGAAAUUCACCAAAUCCAUCGUCAUCGAAAGCAUCAGCCGUGUUCGUCGUUGUGGUAGCCGACUUAAAAGGUGCGAACGAGUUCACGGUUGGCGUGUCGUCCAAACUAACAAGAUCGAUCAUAGCUGAUUGAGGCGCCUGGGCCGGAGUGGAUUUCGUCGAGCUAGAUGUUUCCGUUGACCGUUUAUUGGGAGCCGAAGCAUAUCUUCUGGCGAUAG